AUGAGUGGACCGGAGAGACUUGUUCAAAGGGUACGUAAACACACACUUACACUAUACACCACUGCACUACUAUACCUAACCCUGGAUCUCACAUUCACAGUACACACAACUACACUACUAUACCUAACCCUGGAUCUCACAUUCACGGUACACACCACUACACUACUAUACCUAACCCUGGAUCUCACAUUCACAGUACACACCACUACACUACACCUAACCCUGGAUCUCACAUUCACAGUAAACACAACUACACUACUAUACCUAACCCUGGAUCUCACAUUCACAGUACACACCACUGCACUACUAUACCUAACCCUGGAUCUCACAUUCACAGUACACACCACUGCACUACUAUACCUAACCCUGGAUGUCACAUGCACAGUCCACAACACUGUUCCCUGGAUCUCACAUUCAGAAUGUAUAUUUCAUUUUUGCAAUCAUACAUUUGGUCCAUGUUGAAAUGCAUUUUACUUCGAUAGGGAGUUUCUGCAAUUCAUCCAUCAAUUAUGGAUUCUCCUUCCCAAGAACAACAGUUGGCUGGUCUGCUUAUUCAGAACAAUUGUGUGGUGAGAAUACAACCAGUGGUAUGUUGCUUUUAUUCACCUAAAAUGAAAUAAAUGUUACAGUCCUAAUUAAUGUUGUAUUAGGUAACAUAAAAUCUUGAGUAUCUUUUUGUCUUUGUUCCUCCAGCCAGUUAUUUUUUUAUGAUCCUGAUUUAUGACCAGUCUCGAUUUAUGAUCAGUCUUUGGGUCAAUUACCUCAACCGACUCAACUACCUCGUAUCUCAAUACAUUGACUCGGUACCGGUACUCCUUGUAUAUAGCUUCGUUAUUGUUAUUUUAUUGUUACUAUUUCCUUGGGUGCUAAUUUUCAUAAUUUUUAACUCUGCAUUGUUGGGAAAAGGCUCAUAAGUAAGCAUUUCAUGGUAAAGUCUACACCUGCUGUAUUUGGCGCAUGUGACAAAUCACAAUUGAUUUGAUUUACAGUGGAUCUUACAGUUUGAAGAUCAAUAACAACUGGCUUUUACCUUCAGCUCAUGUAUUCUGCCUAACAGUUAAUGUGGAUUUUAUUUUUAUUGUGUUUUUGUCACGGUUCAGACAGACGACAAGAGGACCACAAUUGCGUCACACCAGAAAGUUUAUUAAACUUAAGGAAAAAGGGAAGUAGGGAGUGAGUGAAGGCUCCAGGGGUAUUCCGUCCAGUGUGCUGGGUCUGUGCCCCCCCCCCAGUGGCAGCGAUGCGUCCGAUGACGCCGGUGGUUGGUGGUCCAGAAGUCCUGGGGGGGAGGAAACACAGACACAACGGGGCGGAUGAAACAAGGCAGAAGUACAGUUCAAGGGAAAUCCAAACACGUUGUAGCAAGGCAGAAGGCUGGUCAGAGUUACCGGGGUCGAAGAGUAGUCAGGAGUCGUAAUGGCAGAAAGCAGGUCUGGUUUUCCUGGGGCAGAAGAGUAUCCAAGAAUCAGGCAGGUCCGGGGUCACAAAACAAGGGUGAGCCAGAAGCGCGAGCAAACAGGUUCCGGGUGUGAGCUUUGCAGACGAUCUGACAAAGGAGAGCUGAAAGACAGGACUUUAAAUACUGGGAGAGGUUAGUGGGUAAUGCAGCGCAGCUGGCAGAGUAAUUAGAGCCGAGCAGAGCAGGGACAGGUGGAGCUAGUUAGGCUGAGUAGAGAGAGAGUGGUGAGCAAAGUGGAAGAUAGUGGAAACAAAUUAAGGUGGUAACCCGGUGGAGUGAGAGGGCUCAUGACAGAACCCCCCCCCCAAGGGACGGCCCCAGAAGUCCCAAGAGCAACACCACGCCGGGCGGGAGGAGGGGAGCCGGAGGAGGGCUAGAACUCCUCCGAACGGUCCGAGCGAACGUCCUCAUCCUCGGAGGAAGCCGGAGGGCCGUGGUCGGGAGAUGGGACAGGAACCGAGACAGGAUCAGGCACAGGACAGGAAGCCGAGCGGGCAGGACGGUUAGGGAUCCCUCUGGGGCGGCCCCUACGGAUUGCAGGUUGAUCAGGAUGCCGUUGGUGGAAGGCGGUGAUGAGAGUCCUAUCCACAAUCCGACUAGCCGGCACCCAGGUCCUUUCCUCAGGUCCAUAGCCCUCCCAGUCAAUGAGGUACUGGAGACCCCUACCCCUCCGUCUGGACCGAAGCAGGCGGCGGACGGUGUAAACCAGACCACCAUCGACGAGCUGUGGAGGAGGAGGACAAGGCGCAGCAGGGACCAGCGGACUCUCAUGAAUGGGCUUAAUCUUAGACACAUGGAAAGUGGGGUGCACUCUCAUGGAAUUAGGCAGUUGGAGCCGGACAGCAGUUGGGCUAAUCACUCUUAUGAUAGGGAAUGGGCCAAUGAACCGAGGUGCCAGCUUUUGCGACUCCACCCUGAGUGGCAGGUUCCUUGACGACAACCACACCCUUUGACCAACAUGGUAGGUGGGAGCAGGGAUUCUCCGACGGUUGGCCCCGGUAGUGUAGCUGGCAACGGAUCUGAGAAGUGUGGCUCGGGCUUGUGACCAGGUGCGGCGACAUCGACGGGCAAAAGCAAGUGCAGAUGGGCAAGUAACCUCCCCUUCCUGGCUGGCAAAUAGAGGAGGCUGGUAACCAUAAACACAUUGGAAAGGGGACAUACCGAUGGCAGAGCAGGUCAGAGAAUUGUGUGCGUACUCCACCCAUGUCAAUUGCUGCGACCAGGAGUGGGGGUUGCGUGAAGUCAUGCAUCGCAGUGCCUUCUCGAGCUCCUGAUUUGCCCGCUCUGACUGCCCAUUGGAUUGGGGAUGGAAUCCGGAAGUCAGACUGACUGUGGCUCCCAGCAGGUGACAGAACUCCUUCCAAAAAGCGGAGGAGAAUUGUGGACCACGGUCAGAAACUACAUCCUUUGGCAGUCCGUGGAUCCGGAAGACGUGUUCCAGGACCACCUGGGCGGUCUCCUUGGCGGUUGGGAGCUUGGGGAGGGGAAUGAAGUGUGCCAUCUUGCUGAAUCGGUCAACUAUGGUGAGAAUGACGGUCAUGCCACUUGAAGGGGGCAGCCCCGUGACAAAGUCAAGGGCGAUGUGAGACCAGGGACGUCUGGGCACCGGCAGGGGCUGCAGCAAUCCGGCUGGGGGCUGGCAGGACGACUUGUGUUGGUUGCCACACGAUGUCCAUCACCUCCACAAUAGAGGCAGAGGUUUGAGGUGAAGCGGCGCUGGCGCUCUGCAGGAGUGAGAGAGGCUCGCCCAAUCUCCAUAGGCUCAGACUGAUCAAGCUGACUUGGGUGAGUGGCAGUAGCUGACAGGAGCCCAGUCGGAUCUCUCCGAAUGCCGGUAGUUGGUGGACCUUGGCGCCCCCUCUCACGACGACGGGUCUGUAUCCUUCUGUCGAUCCGGACAGUCAGUGCGAUGGCUUCAUCAAGAGUGGAAGGCAGUUCAUGGGAGACCAACUCGUCCUUGAUAUAGUCAGCCAAGCUAUGGAAGAACGCGUCCACCAACGAUGGUGUGUUCCAAGAACUUCGUCUUGCCAGGGUUCGGAAGUCGAUGGAAUGGUCUGCGACUGUACGUCUGCCUUGUCGAAUACUGAACAGUUCACGAGACGCCUCUGCGGUUGGUGAAUCCAGGUCAAACACCUUCAGCAUCUCCUCAGCAAACAGGUCGAAGGUUGCACAUGCGGGGGUUUGACGUUCGAACUCUGCUGUUCCCCAGAGUCGAGCUCGGCCCGUCAGGUGAGUGAUGGCAUACCCGACCUUAGCCCCCUCCGUGGCGAAGGUCCUUGGCUGCAAGGAGAACUGAAGUCGGCAGCUAGUCAGGAAUGGCCGGACCUGGGUAGAAUCGCCGUUGAACCGCUCGGGGUUUCCAAUCUUGGGUUCCGGGGCAGCGGCUGCAAUGACCGGGGCAGGUAACUCGGAGGCAGGGCUGGUGGGCAGACUGGCUGGGGUAAGGUUGGUGAGGAGUUGGAUGAUCAUGGCGAGUUGUUGUUGCUGCUGCUGGGACUGCUGCUGGUGCUGCUGGAACUGCUGAUGCUGUUGGUGGCCGACCUGAAGCAGAGAGGUGAUGUCGCCGCUCAUGCGGCCUAGCUCUCUCUCAGUGUGUUCCAGGCGUAGCAUGGCGGUGGGUGGCUCAGGUUCUUCGGUUUCCAUGUCGGGGGAAGUGUGCGCUGAGUCCAUAAUGGUCAGAUCGUACUGUCACGGUUCAGACAGACGACAAGAGGACCACAAUUGCGUCACACCAGAAAGUUUAUUAAACUUAAGGAAAAAGGGAAGUAGGGAGUGAGUGAAGGCUCCAGGGGUAUUCCGUCCAGUGUGCUGGGUCUGUGCCCCCCCCCCAGUGGCAGCGAUGCGUCCGAUGACGCCGGUGGUUGGUGGUCCAGAAGUCCUGGGGGGGAGGAAACACAGACACAACGGGGCGGAUGAAACAAGGCAGAAGUACAGUUCAAGGGAAAUCCAAACACGUUGUAGCAAGGCAGAAGGCUGGUCAGAGUUACCGGGGUCGAAGAGUAGUCAGGAGUCGUAAUGGCAGAAAGCAGGUCUGGUUUUCCUGGGGCAGAAGAGUAUCCAAGAAUCAGGCAGGUCCGGGGUCACAAAACAAGGGUGAGCCAGAAGCGCGAGCAAACAGGUUCCGGGUGUGAGCUUUGCAGACGAUCUGACAAAGGAGAGCUGAAAGACAGGACUUUAAAUACUGGGAGAGGUUAGUGGGUAAUGCAGCGCAGCUGGCAGAGUAAUUAGAGCCGAGCAGAGCAGGGACAGGUGGAGCUAGUUAGGCUGAGUAGAGAGAGAGUGGUGAGCAAAGUGGAAGAUAGUGGAAACAAAUUAAGGUGGUAACCCGGUGGAGUGAGAGGGCUCAUGACAGUUUUACAUUACAUUUCGUCAUUUAGCAGACACUCUUAUCCAGAGCGACUUACAUUUUCCUACUUUUUCUUACUGAUCCCCCGUGGGAAUCGAACCCACAACCUUGGUGUUGCAAGCGCCUUGCUCUACCAACUGAGCCACAUAGUUAGUAUUGGCAAUUUUAAUAUCCCAAUGUACUCACAGUUCAGCAUGUUGCUGCCACUUAUACAAUGUUCUGCUGAAAAACAAUACAAUACUAAAAUAAAUAAAAAUCAUUCUCUUUCCCUAUUCAGAUCUCCAGCAGUUCAGGUGAUUUAGCACAGCUAGCCUUCAGUACUCAGAUCCUGACCUCCCAACCAGAGCUGCUAUCAGCUGACAACAUCACCACAGCAGCUCAGAUAGCUAACACUCUGCUUCAGUCUGUAAAUAUCACAGAGGUAUAACAUGUUUUGGAAUCAAGUCGUGACUAUGACAUGUUCUGGAGAUAAACGUGAGGUUGUUACUGCAGUGAUUUGAACACUUGAGGGUCAUCCCCUGGUUUUGAUCAUGUUGCAGGACAUCGCAGUGGCAGCUGUAACUACCAUCAGUCAUCUGUUGAAUGCCAGUGGGGAGAUUACACAGGAGAGAGACGCUGUCCAAAAGUACAGGAGUGUGUGUGUGUGUGUUUCUACAUAUGUUUGAGUUUAUGUGUGUACGUGUGUCUCUGUGCGUGUCUGCAUGGGUGCAUGUAAACUAAUGCUUUUCUGUGUUUCUCUCCCAGCCUCACAGAGACCCUGGAGAAGUUUUCCCUGUACCAGCACAGUUUUGUGUCCUUGGUGGUUCAGCCCAACCUGGUAGUCCAGUCUGUCCAAGUACCAAGUGACACAGUAGGGAUCCAGUUUAGUGCUCUGACUGGUGGGUGGGACUGCUAGUGAACCUACAUACUGCAUUUAAAGUGAUAGUUUAUAUCUGUGUUGACAGACUAGUUCAACUUCUUCUAUCUUAUUUUUCAUAUGUUUCUCCUCUGCUGUUGGUUAAUAAGGUUUAGUAUGGAUUUGAUUUGUUGUACUACAGACAAGUACAGAAGUAACACUAUAUUGUUCCUCUUUAAAUGUAUAAAUCAAAUUAAUCUCCUCCAGGAAGAUCUGGUAAUUUUGUGGCCGACAGAAUUCAUCUCAACACCAAUACCUCUGAACUGAUAGUUGACAACGGCGGUUCUACCGAUGUCCAGAUUGUUAUCAAAUUCUCACCAGGUGAGCCAAUGUUGGUAUACCAACAUAGUGUAUGAACUCAAGCUUCAAUUUCCUCUUACCGAUAUCACAGAGAGCACUUAACUGCUGUUUGUGGUCUUCGAAAUCAGGUCAGCAGUGCCAAAUAUUUAGAUUGCCCAAUAACGUUGAGUCACAUGAGAUAUGGAUAAGUAAACUAAUGAGAAGUAAUUUGGCUUCCACAAUAAGCCUACAAGGAAAAGUCAAGCUACUCAUGUAUAUGAAGUCCUGAUAUGAACAACAAUCUCUCUCUCUCUCCUCCCCCCUCUCUCUCUCUCUCUCUCUCUCUCUCUCUCUCUCUCUCUCUCUCUCUCUCUCUCUCAUCUCUCUUUCUCUCUCUCUCUCUCUCUCUCGCUCUCUCUCUCUCUCUCUCUCUCUCUCUCUCUCUCUCUCUCUCUCUCUCUCUCUGUCUCUCUUGCUCAAUUCAAUUGAAAGGGGUUUAUUGGCAUGGGAAACAUGUUUACAUUGCCAAAGCAAGUGAAAUAGAUAAUAAACAAAAGUGAAAUAACCAAUAAAAAAUUAACAGUAAUCAUUACACUCACAAAAGUUUCAAAGGAAAAGAGCCAUUUCAAAUGUCAUUUUACGGCUAUGUACAGUUUUAUAAAGAUGUCCCCCCCCCCCCCCCCCCCUGUCCCUCUCUCUCUUUCUGUCUUUCUCCCUCUCCCCUUUCUCUCCACUCUCCCCUCUCUCUUUCUCCCUCACUCCACUCAGAUUUACGUAAUAAAAACACAAACUACUCCAUUGGUUUUGUGCUCUACCAAAACGACCGGUUCUUCAGGUCCAGGGCAUUCACAGCUUCUUCAGGAACCAGCAGAAGGGUCAUCUCUGCUAACCUGGGACAAGUGUCUGGGUUGCAUGUUGAGAUGCUCUUCAAGCCCACAGUAAGAUUUAUCUUGGAAUCAAUAAACACAUAGUGGUCCAAAUUCUCUGGGAAACGUAGUGGGAAGUUAUCCAUUAUCUAAGUCAGGGGCAGGCAGUACAGUUCCUGGAGUGCUGCAGGUAUUGCAGGAUUUUGUUCCAACUAGGCACUACACCUGACCAACUGAGUUAAUUAUAAUCAACACACCUUGUCGUCCAGGUCGGUUAAAUCAAAAACAUGAUGUGCCUGUGGCCUAAGUUAUCCAUUGACGCUUUUCCGCCAUAAGGAACAAGGAAGCAUAUUUUGGCCAGUGAAAAAGGAAGCAUAUUUUGUAUUGAAUAUAAUAUGAUCUAUCAUAAUUGUAAUUUAUUCUGUCUCACAUUUACUUAAUGACCUGUUAUACUUCACAAAUGACUUCAUUAUUUUUUAAAUGAGGAAUACUGUGAAUGCAUGUCUUUUGCUGAAGGAUUUACAGUGAGUUUGUUUCUGUUCUCACUUCUCAGGCUGUCUCCAACGCCUCCCUCUAUGACUUUGCCUGCGUGUCGUGGAACUACACGUUGAAAGACUGGAGCACCUCUGGCUGCUCCAAAGUCAACCACUCAGAAGACGGCCUGCGAUGUUUCUGUAAUCACACCACUAACUUCGCUGUGCUUAUGGCGAGUAGCUAGCUCCCUUCAUCUCCCUUUAACUGACCACACUCUGACCUAUUGUUUAUAUCAGCAUAUCCAGACACAUAAGGGAGAUUACUUUAUACAGUAUGACUGUGACAGAAAUGUAGUGUUUAACUUUUAUUUUUUUCUACAGUCAUUCAGGAGGGAUUUUAAAUACGCUGAAGCUCUAAACUGGAUCACCAUAUUGGGAUGCUCCAUGUCCAUCAUAGGGUUGAGUUUAACAAUAACAUUCCAGAUCGCAACCAGGUAAGAUCCUACAGGGUUCCAGAACCAAUUCAACAUAUACAAUAACAUUCCAGAUGGUGACCCGGUAAGAUCCUACAGGGUUCCAGAACCAAUUCAACAUAUACAAUAACAUUCCAGAUCGUGACCCGGUAAGAUCCUACAGGGUUCCAGAACCAAUUCAACAUAUACAAUAACAUUCCAUAUCGUGACCCGGUAAGAUCCUACAGGGUUCCAGAACCAAUUCAAAAUAUUGGGUGCAUCUCAAUAGUGUAAAGAAGCCCUUUGAUCCAACACGACUUGAUAGGUGAAGUCAAUAUGAAACCCAAUAUUAAUGACCCAACACAUCCCUAGCAAGGCAUCUAACUUCCCUAACAGUGUUGUCUAUCACCUAUCCCCAGGAAAUCACGCAAAACCAACCCAACGGUCCUCUUAGUGAGCGUCUGCAUGUGUCUCCUGAUCUUCACCCUCCUCUUCAUGUUGGGAGUGGACAACCCUCAUAAACAGCUGAAUAAACCUGAAAUACAGGAGGACAACAAUCCCCCCCCGUCUGACACACACACACAGAGCGGGACAGAGGCCCCUGUACUGCAGUCACAGUCCUGCUGCAGUACUUCCUGUUGGGGACGUUCACCUGGAACACACUGUACGCCACACAUGUCUUCCUGAUGAUCAGAAACAGCCUGGCCACCAACCUGUCACAUUUCACAGCCUAUACCGUGGCCAUCGGAUGGGGUAGGACAGCUUGGAGAAAAAUAAAGUAUUUAGUUGUUUCAGAAGCUUUGGCUGGCAUUAGCCCUGGGCUCCUUGAACCAAAACGAAUGCUAGGUUAUAUUUUCAGGCUCUAAUAAGCCUGAAAUAGAACUUCAAAGCAACUUGUAUAGUGAUGUUAUGUCUUUAGAGGAUGUAUGUUUAGUAUAUAAUCUGUAUAUGUCUGCAUGCUAAUCUACCAGGGCAUAACAACAACAUUCUCUGUCCUUUAGGACUGCCUGCGGUUGUGGUGGCCCUCACCUUAGGAAUUAGUUACAGAGUGGAUGAUCCACUGGGUUACAGGCAGGAGGAAUUGUGAGUCAAUACUAUACUAUACUACUACUGUAUUACUUCUCUGUACUGUAUUGUAUUGUACUAUACUAUACUGUACUUGAGCGACCCGGCUCGACCUAUUUACUGGUUUGUGACCCACUGACACCGCCCCCGGUGAGAGAGGAGUAAGGCAGUCCAAGAGUUAACACACAACAGGAACUUUAUUCAACACACAGGAGAAGAUGUACAUGGGGAUGAUUUUUGUAUUCACGCAUCUCAUGCACAUAUGUCUACCCACGCUCUGACACUGGAAAAAACACAGUUCAGGCCCGAAAAAUACUGAUAUGCUUGAAAGAGCAUGCAACAGACCCGACUAGCCAGUGCUGGGCUAGCUUGGAGCAUCUGACCAAUCACAGGAUACAUGGUCAGUGCGUGGGCAGAGUGUGGGGUGCAUGGGAACAGUCUGAUUGGCUGAUGCCACGAGCUGGAGGUGAUCGAUAUCUCUCACAUGAAUUGUACUGUAUUGUACUAUACUGUACUGUACUACCAAUGUCAAUGUGGGGCAAUUGCUGUAUAAAAUGUUAUAACUCAUACUGUAAAAGGUUUUCCCUAUCAAUGUUCGUAUUACAUCCUUUUAACGAUGGCAAAGAGCAAUUUCAAAAGUUGUAAAAAACUAAAAGAAUGAUCCAUUGUGUUGAAAGGUUUCUUGUUUACUUAUGCCACCCACCAUGUUUACUUAAUACCAUGUUGUUCAAAUCACUGGUGUCCUGUUUUGUCUGUCACAAAGUCCCACUCUCUAACUCAUUCAUUUGACCUCUCAGUUGCUGGCUUGCUGCCCUCGAUCCAAAGGGGAACUUUGACUUCAAGCUGCCAAUGUUUUGGGGGUUCCUGAUCCCUGUGGCAUUCAUGCUUAUCUUCAACAUGGUGGUGUUGGUAUAUUUUGUAGAUACCACAUCCAAGACCAACCCACAUAUAACCAGGUAACAUUAAUGGGGGCAUUUUGGGGGCACAAAGUAGAACGUUGUAGUCAUUAAGAUCAGUCUUGAUUUAAAUGCCUACUAAUAAGCUUGUUAAUUUUUUAUUGUCUUUCAAUUAAAACUUUUUAUAAAUAAAAUGCAUGCUUUUUUUAUUAUUAAUUCAGUCAUAAGUAAGCAAAUUCAUACAAUUUGAUGAGCACCAUUCUCUAACCCACUCAGUCAUUGGGAAGCAUAAUGUUAUUUUACCACAGCAUUACAGCAGUCUAUGACCGCAAUCUAAGCAUGUUGGUUAUAUUUCCCAGUACAAGACACACAUCGAUGAAGAAGAAGUUCCUCAGUAGCUUUUCUCUGGCUGUGGUGCUCGGUCUCUCCUGGAUCCUGGGCUAUCUGUUGCUCAUUACACAGAACCAGACCAUGUACACCAUACUCAACAUCUCCUUCUGUGUACUCACCACCACUCAGGUAGUAAAUGUAUGCACUCACUACUGUAAGUCGCUCUGGAUAAGAGAGUCUGCUAAAUGACUCAAAUGUUAAAUAUAAAGACUAGUGUACUAUUGUACCACAGAAUCCAGACAUGAUUGAAAACUAGACAGCUACUAAACAUUAAUAAAUUCUGCUGCUCUUUAUAGAAACGCUACCUUUUGUUUGUACGUGUUUAUUCCUGAAAAUACUUGAUUAUGUCUUUGUGUUUUUGUUUUCGCUCCACAGGGCUUGCAGGUUUUCAUUCUGUUCACAGCAAGAACAGCAAUUGUCAAGAAAACGAUGUCAAGUGCUUUGAAAUCUGUCUCAAGCGCUGGGAUCCCUCUUCACACCAAGAAGUUCAGUCUAUGGCGAGGCGAGCAAAGUGAAAAAGUAAAAUCAUACACACAGCUGGACACUGAUCUGUCAUUUCCACCUUGUUCCUCACAGACAUCUAACUGAUGGGCUGCAAGUUCAACCUCUGUUGGAAAAUAUCUCAUAUACCGCCACUAUUUCCUAUAAUAUACAGAAUAAUACACACCAUUUUGUAUCAAUGUAUUUUUACUGUAAAUUCCCUCAGAAGUUGUGUUGUCCAAGGAUUUUUGGGCUAUGCACAUACUGUAUAUACAUACUGUAUGUGUUUUUUGAAAUAUAACUGUUUUGAAUAAAACUGUGAUUAUUCUCUUUGAAUCGAAUGUUUGUUUCAGUAUUUUUUGUGAGAAAUUACACUACUUUACACAAUAUCUCAGAAAAUAUCUUUAGACAGUGUAGCCUAGGGAUGUCAAACUACAUAAUUUUCCCUGCGGGCCACGUUCGUUCUUUACCAAGGCCGCACUUAAAAUGUAUGAACCUUUUACUGCAGUGGGCUAAAUCAGGGUCACACAGAGUGAUUCUUGGUUGUCUUGGUUGGUAACAAAUCUACCUUCAAACAAAAGUAUACACCACACACACAUGGUUAUGGGCUUAAAAAAAGAAGACACCUGUACAAUGCCAGAUAUAGAGUUGAAAUCUAUGCCAUUUUGAGUUUCCAUCCUAAUAUUACACUUUAUAUACAUCACAGAAGACUGAAAUAUAACAAAACUGUUUGACAUAGAAACACCAGAUUUUCAUCCUCAUAAAAUGAAAAACGUAUUAAUUAUGAAAUGAUUAAUAACAUUCCACCCAUGAGGCCAAAGAGGGCACUUUUGGUCAUUGACUGCAGGAAAGGGCUACAAAGCUUCUGCUCCACCAGCCUAUAUAGCUCAGGCAACAAGCUCCAGCUGCCAAUUACAUCUGUGGUAGUACAAGGCAACAAAGCAGGUCAGGCUCUGAUGCUGCGGGACAGCAAGGAUGAGAGGGUUCGCCAGCCAGAGAUCAAGGAGGUAUGACAGGCUCAGGAAGAAAGCAGGCAUGUCAGAGGGAGGUAUGAAAGGCUGAGGAAGAAAACAGGUAUGUCAGGGGGUGGUAUGAAAGGCUGAGGAAGAAACCAGGCAUGUCAGAAGGAGGUAUGAAAGGCUGAGGAAGAAAACAGACAUGUCAGAGGGAGGUAUGAAAGGCUCAGGAAGAAAGCAGGCAUGUCAGAGGGAGGUAUGAAAGGCUCAGGAAGAAAGCAGGCAUGUCAGAGGGAGGUAUGAAAGGCUGAGGAAGAAAGCAGGCAUGUCAGAGGGAGGUCUGAAAGGCUGAGGAAGAAAGCAGGAAUGUCAGAAGGAGGUAUGAAAGGCUGAGGAAGAAAGCAGGCAUGUCAGAGGGAGGUAUGAAAGGCUGAGGAAGAAAGCAGGCAUGUCAGAGGGAGGUAUGAAAGGCUGAGGAAGAAAGCAGGCAUGUCAGAGGGAGGUAUGAAAGGCUGAGGAAGAAAACAGGUAUGUCAGAAGGAGGUAUGAAAGGAUGAGGACUAAACCAGGCAUGUCAUGGGGAGGUAUGAAAGGCUGAGGAAGAAAGAAGGCAUGUCAGAGGGAGGUAUGAAAGGUUGAGGAAGAAUGCAAAACAUUUCUGCAGCAUUGAAGGUCUCCAAGAAGACAGUGGCCUCCAUCAUUCUUAAAUGGAAGAAGUUUGGAACCACAAAGACUCUUUCUGGAGCUGGCCGCCUGGCCAAACUGAGCAAUUGGGAGAGAAGGGCCUUGGUGAGGGAGGUGACCAAGAACCCGGUGGUCAUUCUGACAGAGCUCCAGAGUUCUUCUGUGGAGAUGGGAGAACCUUCCAGAAGGACAACCAUCCCUGCAGACGGAAGCCACUCCUCAGUAAAAGGCACAUGAUAGCCCGCUUGGAAGAAGGAGUAGCGAUUACAGUGUCGUCCGGCUCAUAGAAGGCACAGGGUGGCGAGUACCUGUCAGGUGAGCCGACAGCGAUGUAUUUUAGAUAUUAUACUUCCUCACAGUCAACAUUUGCUAAAGAUAGUCCUCUAUCCAGCGCUUUUGGAAUUUUCCAGGCUGCCUGAAUGUCUAGGUUUUGUUAAGAUCACUUUUAGCAAGCUGGGCAGAGUGAAGAGACUAUAAAUGUUGAUCCAUUAUCAUUUCAACACAAUUUCGAUUUGGUUUGAGUCAUUUCACUGUCGUUUGAGAUAAAAAAUAAUAAUAAUAAUCAGAAGAAUGAAAUGAAUUAUUCUGGGCCGGAAUGAAUGGGCUCGCGGGCCCAUAUCCAAUCGAUACUAGCCUAAACUAGACCUAGGAAAAACAAGAGUACAGUAGUUGCCUAAAGAAUGACUGUGACCUAAAGGGGUGAUGUUGAUGUCACCAGGAAUUAUGAAGUUCACACUGUACUGUAUAUCUGCGUUGUGCUCCUCAAACAAAGUCUGAUGUAGAGUUUAUACUAAUUCUUAUUUACAUAUGAUUUGGUUUUCCUCUACCUCAACAGGCACUAUUAUUGUCACUAUAUAUGACAGUUAGGAUAUCUCCUUAGUAGGGUUGCAAUAGUCCAUGAAUUUACAAUAAAUUACAUGGUUUUCCCAAAAUCCUGGUUGGAGGUUUCCCUGUGUCAGGAAGGAAUAAGCAGGAAAUCCUGAAUCCUCAAACCAUGAUUUUUGGAUAACCAGGGAAUUUAUUGAAAGUUACUGGAAUUUUGCAACACUACUCAUUAGGUACCCAGCGGUGUAUCACAUUCCCACCAUUAGUAAGUCUCAAUGCAUUGAAGUAUGCAUGUCACUGUGUAUUUAUUCCUUCUGUCACUAUGUCUAUUUUUGAUGUUUAACUCUGCAUUGUUGGAAAAGGACCCAUAAGUAAGCAUUUCACUGUUAGUCUACACCUGUUGUUCACGAAGCAUGUGACAAAUAAAAUAUGAUUAGAUGUUGACGAAGCCUCCUCUGUCUCUACCUUCAACUGCCAUGUUGUGGCGCCAAUACUCUUCCUCUAAAGGGGGAUUUCUUAUGGAUAGUGGAAUGGUCCAUCUAAACUGUUCACCGGUUUUCCUCAUUAAUGUGCAGAUAGGUAGAGAUGUUUAUAAAAACACUUUUAGCAUAUUCACUUUCGCUUAUAGACUGUAUGUCUAAUUUCAAGAAUUCAAGGUUCAUUUGUUUCAUAAGGUUCAUUUAGGGGUACAUUCUUAGAGAACUGCUAAACAUUUUGCCCACAAUUAUAGGGAAAAAAGUGACAGUUCAAUAAAAAGUGUUUCUUUAUUAUUAAUGGGUGGUCCCGGGUUCAAUCCCCGGGACCACCCAUACGUAAAAAUGUAUGCACACAUGACUGUAAGUCGCUUUGGAUAAAAGCGUCUGCUAAAUGGCAUAUUAUAUUAUAUAGGGCUACAUUCUUGGAGAACUACUAUACAUUUUGCCAAAAAAAGUGACAGUUCAAUAAAAAGUGUUUCUUUAUUAUUAAAAACAAUGAGUUCAGCCUUUGAGCCUUCAUUAGGGCCAUGCACCUUGGUUGGACUGCAAAUAGUGACAGACUGUAUACUUCUAUUUUGCAUACUUUUAUUUUGCAUGUCGGUUAGAGUCAAAGUAAGUGAACACAUCUCAGUGAGCUGUUGUGUGCGAACCAUCCCUCAUGUUUGGCAUCAGCGGAGGGUUCUCAGGAUGUACACUGACUGGUAACAGUGAGUGAAGGGCUGACAUGGCUCGUCUGCCCUUUUUAUGUGCACAUGAUCUGGCUCCUCUUAGCUGCCCAGGUGACGGUGAGCCAGCUGAACCUGGUGUCCCACAGCGUGGUGGCUGCUCCCUACCAGUGGGAGUACCCCUACCUGCUCAGUAUCAUCCCCUCCCUCUUCAGCUUCAUGGCCCUGCCCAAAAACAACAUCAGCUACCUGGUGAUCUCCAUGACCAGUGCUGGGUUCUUCUGCAUAGCGCCGCUCAUCUACGGGGGUGUGGAGAUGUUCCCGGUUGUGAAUCCAAUGUUUUUAGAUUUGUGGGUGAAGUAGUGAAGGACUGUACACUUCAGGAGGAAGGAGAUAUUACUGGGACGUACCCAUGACUAGGUCAGGGCAUGAUGUGGCCUUAAUGAGAGGAGCCUUCCAGAACUGUAAAGGAACAGGGAAAGGGUUAAGAGAAGGGAAGAGCAGUGGUCAGAUUGAGUCCAUAUGGUUGUGUGCUGGUGUCAAUGCACAUGUUCAUGUUGACAGUACUCAACAAUUCAAUUGUUUCUAAAUGACAUGUACAUUGUUAAAUAACAAUAAAAUGGGUAUGCUGCGGCAGCUUUGCAUCUAUUGUCUAUUUCAUUAAUUACAUGAAUUAAUCACAACAAUGUAAAGGCACCAUUUGUCAUCUCUGCAGUUGGGUUCAUCUUUCCUAUUACCAUGGUUCCUUUAGAAACAACUGCCUUUCAUUGGAACUGUUUACUCUCAGUAUACGAUGAGCUUUGUGUUACAUGCACCUCAGCAUAGUACCAUGCUCUAGAACAGGCUUUCCCAUUUUGGUUUUUGUUCUAGCACUACAUUGCUGAUUCAAAUAACCAAACCUUGACGAUGAGUUGGUUAUUUGAAUUAACUGUGUAGUGCUAGUGCAAAAACCAAAACAUGCACCCAGGUAGGCCCCAGGACCGAGUUUGGGAAACCUUGUUCAAGAGAAGUCUACCGUCUAGUGCCCUCAAAUUCUAAUCCAGACCUCCAAGCCAGUUCCAUUGCUUUUCAAAAAUAUUAUUCCCCUCUAAUCAGGAAAUCUAAUUACACCUGCUCUAGUGGAAAAAAGUUGUUCUGUUUACCGAAACAUGUACUGUACCUUCCCAGCUGCAACCAAGAAUGUUUUGCAUAGAAAAGGGUAAUGCUAUUGGUUGACUGGUCCUGACAGGUGAAGAACAGAGCAGUAUAAGACCAACAGACGUCCUAAUAAUGUGCAGUCUGCUUACACUGCAUGCCUGGAAACAGCAGAGAUGAAGGAGCUAUGGAUUAUGGCUGUCUUUGCUACAGGUAAGACUUGCUCUAUAUUUGAAUUAUUCAGGGUGAUUUAAGAUGUUCAGAUGUACACUGAGUGGACAAAACAUUAAGAACACAUGCCCUUUCCAUGACAUACAGUGCUUUCGGAAAGUAUUCAGACCCCUUAACUUUUUCCACAUUUUGUUACGUUACAGCCUUAUUCUAAAAUCGAUUACAUUGUUUUUGUUCUUCAUCAAUAUACACACAAUACCACAUAAUGACGAAGCAAAAACAGGUUUUUAGACAUUUUUGCUGAUUAAUAAAAAAUAAAAAACUGAAAUAUUAUUUUUACUUAAGUAUUCAGACCCUUUACUCAGUACUUUGUUAAAACACCUUAGCCAGAUAUUACAGCAUCGAGUCUUAGGUAUGACGCUACAAGCUUGGCACACCUGUAUUUGGGGAGUUAUUCCAUUCUUCUCUGCAGAUACUCUCAAGUUCUGUCAAUUUGAAAGGGGAGCAUUUCUGUACAGCUAUUUUCAGGUCUCUCCAGAGAUUUCGGAAGAGUCUUGGUGGUCCCAAACUUCUUCCAUUUAAGAAUGAUGGAUUGGGGACCUUCAAUGCUGCAGACAUUGUUUGGUACCCUUCCCAAGAUUUGUGCCUCGACACAAUCCUGUCUCGGAGCUCUACAGACAAUUCCUUCGACCUCAAGGCUUGGUUUUUGCUCUAACUGUGGAACCUUAUAUAGACAGGUGUGUGCCUUUCCAUGUCCAAUCAAUUGAAUUUACCACAGGUGGACUCCAAUCAAGUUGUAGAAACAGCUUAAGGAUGGUCAAUGGAAACAAGAUGCACCUGAGCUCAAUUUCGAGUCUCAUAGCAAAUACUUAUGUAAAUACGUUAUUUCUGUCAUCAAUCUGAAACCUUUUCGAAGGCCAGGUGAAUCCAGGUGAAAGCAAUGAUCCCUUAUUGAUGUCACUUGUUAAAUCCACUUCAAUCAGUGUAGAUGAAGGUGAGGAGACAGGUUAAAGAAGGAUUUGUAAGCCUUGAGACAAUUAGGAAUGGAUUGUGUAUGUGUGCCAUUCAGAGGGUGAAUAGGCAAGACAAAACGGGGUGUGGUAGUAAGUGCCAGGCGCACCAGUUUGUGUCAAGAACUGCAACGCUGCUCGGUUUUUCACGUUCAACAUUUUCCUGUGUGUUUCAAGAAUGGUUCACCACCCAAAGGACAUCCAGCCAACUUGACACAACUGUGGGAAGCAUUGGAGUCAACAUGGGCUAGCAUCCCUGUGAAAUGCUUUCGACACCUUGUAGAGUCCAUGUCCUGAUGAAUUGAGACUGUUCUGAGGGGAAAAGUGUGUGUGUGUGUGUGUGUGAAGGUGUUCCUACUGUUUGGUAUAAUCAGUGUAUGAUGCUGUUGUUUAGUUUCUCGUAUGAUUGAGAAUUGUCUAGGAAAAUUCCUUUCACUUCAGAUGUGCAAAAAUGUAUGACACAUUUUAUUUAUCAAUUGAUUAUUACCAAUUUAUGACCUCUGUUUUUACAGUUUGGUUUAUGAAUUUUUAAGUUUUGUUUAUAGUUAAUGGUUGAAUUAUGUUUUGUCUGUUUGCUGCAAGGGAUACAAUAGCAUCAAUAAAGACAUUGUUUCAGACUUUAUUUUAAUCCAAACAUUAUUUAGAUUUACUGUUAAGCAGUUGUUUACAUACUGUGAAUAGACUACUGUCAGGUCUCAGAUACAGUUUAUAACAGAGUAGCCUUUGCUAUCAAAUGUCUACCGUUUAUUGGCAGUGAUAAUGACUUAAUUAUCUCAUAAAGUACAGUAGAAAACAUUUCUACACUGCUUAACAAACAAUGAAACUGGAACAACAUGGAUCAUCUGCUAUGCUUAUAGCAAUUGACACUAUGUACCCUUGUUUAUGUGGUUUACUGAGGUGUAUAUAUAUAUUUUUGGGGCAGUCUCUUUGCUACAGGGGGAUCUCACCACAUCCUCUGCCAUUCCAACCACCAUUGACAUAACUACUCCAGCCACCUCUCCCACCACAACCCCUCCUCUGGUCUGUAUCAAAGGUGGUGAGCUGAAGAGUGGAUACUGUAUCUGUCCUGAUGAGUGCACCUCUAUCCCUGUCACCAGUACCACUCUCCCCACCACCUCUACCCCUACCCCCACCACCACUUCUCCCACCACCUCUCCCACCACCUCUCCCACCACCACCUCUCCCACCACCACCACCUCUCCCACCACCUCUCCCACCACAACCCCUCCUCUGGUCUGUAUCAAUGGUGGUGAGCUGGAGAGUGGAGACUGUAUCUGUCCUGAUGAGUGGACCGGAGAGACCUGUUCAGAGGGUAAAUCCACACACUUACACUAUACCUAACCCUGGAUCUCACAUUCACAGUACAGACCACUACACUACUCUUAACCAUGGAUCUCACAUUCAGAGUCCACAACACUAUUCCUUGGAUCUCACAUUCAGAAUGGAUAUUUCAUGUUUAGUCAUACAUUUGGUCCAUGUUGAAAUGUAUUUUACUUCAAUAGAGAAUUUCUGCAUUUCCACCAUCAAGGAUGGAUUCUCCUUCCCAAGAACAAUAGUUGACUUGUCUGCUUAUUCAGAACAACAGUGUGGUGAGGAGACAACCAGUGGUAUGUUACUUUUAUUCACCUAAACUGACAAAAUGUAUUAUUCUGUUACAGUCCUAAUUAAUGGUGUAUAAGGUAACACAAAAUCUUGAGUAUCUUUUUAUAUUGGUUCCUCCAGCCGGAUUACCAGCAGCCUUAGCAAGAUGUUUGAAUGACACUGGAUCUCCGAUGUUUGGUUAUCCUGUGGAGUUGGACUGUGAAUUGACCCUCAGUGACAUUCAAGGAAAUGUAAGUCAAUAUUAUUUUUUAUUUAUGAUCCUGAUUUAUGACAAGUCUCAAUUUUGCGUUCUUCUUUCUUUGGGUCAGUUACAGUUAUCAUUAUGAGGAGUCGAUCUUACAGUUUGAAGAUCAGUAUCAACUGGCUUUUACCUUCAGCUCAUGUAUUCUGUUCCUUUAUUCUGCUUAACAGUUGAUGAGGAACAUUCUUUUUUUUCUUUCUUGUGUUUUACAUUACAUUUAGUCAUUUAGCAGACACUCUUAUCCAGAGUGACUUACAGUAGUGAGUGUAUACAUUUUCAUACUGGUCCCCCGUGGGAAUCGAACCCACAACCCUGGCGUUGCAAUUGCCUUGCUCUACCAACUGAGCCACGUAGUUAGUAUUGUCAAUUUUAAUAUCCAAAUAUACUCACAGUUCAACAUGUUCCUGCCACUUAUACAAAAACAAUACAAUACUACACUAAAUAAAAAUCAUUCUCUCUCCCUAUUCAGAUCUCCAGCAGUUCAGGUGAUUUAGCACAGCUAGCCUUCAGUACUCAGAUCCUGACCUCCCAACCAGAGCGGCUAUCAGCUGACAACAUCACCACAGCAGCUCAGAUAGCUAACACUCUGCUUCAGUCUGUAAAUAUCACAGAGGUAUAACAUGUUUUGGAGUCAAGUCGUGUCUAUGACAUGUUCUGGAGAUAAACGUGAGGUUGUUAUUGCAGUGAUUUGAACACUUGAGGGUCAUCCCCUGGUUUUGAUUAUGUUGCAGGACAUCGCAGUGGCAGCUGUAACUACCAUCAGUCAGCUGCUGAAUGCCAGGAAGGAGAGUGCAAAGGAGAGAGACGCUGUCCAAAGGUGUGUGUAUGUGUUUCUGCAUAUGUUUGAGUUUAUGCGUGUCUGCAUGGGUGCAUGUAAACAAAUUAUUUUCUGUGUUUCGCUCCCAGCCUCACAGAGACCCUGGAUAAGUUUUCCCUGGACCAGCAGAAUAAUGUGUCCUUGGUUCAGCCCAACCUGGUAGUCCUGUCUGUCCAAGUACCAAGUGACACAGUAGGGAUCCAGUUUACUGCUCCGACUGGUGGGUGGGACUGCUAGUGAAACUACAUACUGGCAUUUAAAGUGAUAGUUUAUACAGUGGGGAGAACAAGUAUUUGAUACACUGCCGAUUUUGCAGGUUUUCCUACUUACAAAGCAUGUAGAGGUCUGUAAUUUUUUAUCAUAGGUACACUUCAACUGUGAGAGAUGGAAUCUAAAACAAAAAUCCAGAAAAUCACAUUGUAUGAUUUUUAAGUAAUUAAUUAGCAUUUUAUUGCAUGAGAUAAGUAUUUGAUACAUCAGAAAAGCAGAACUUAAUAUUUGGUACAGAAACCUUUGUUUGCAAUUACAGAGAUCAUACGUUUCCUGUAGGUCUUGACCAGGUUUGCACACACUGCAGCAGGGAUUUUGGCCUACUACUCCAUACAGACCUUCUCCAGAUCCUUCAGGUUUCGGGGCCGUCGCUGGGCAAUACAGACUUUCCCCUCCCUCCAAAGAUUUUCUAUUGGACUCAGGUCUGGAGACUGGCUAGGCCACUCCAGGACCUUGAGAUGCUUCUUACGGAGCCACUCCUUAGUUGCCCUGGCUGUGUGUUUCGGGUCGUUGUCAUGCUGGAAGACCCAGCCACGACCCAUCUUCAAUGCUCUUACUGAUGGAAGGAGGUUGUUGGCCAUGAUCUCGCGAUACAUGGCACCAUCCAUCCUCCCCUCAAUACGGUGCAGUCGUCCUGUCCCCUUUGCAGAAAAGCAUCCCCAAAGAAUGAUGUUUCCGCCUCCAUGCUUCAUGGUUGGGAUGGUGUUCUUGGGGUUGUACUCAUCCUUCUUCUUCCUCCAAACACGGCGAGUGGAGUUUAGACCAAAAAGCUCUAUUUUUGUCUCAUCAGACCACAUGACCUUCUCCCAUUCCUCCUGUGGAUCAUCCAGAUGGUCAUUGGAAAACUUCAGACGGGCCUGGACAUGCGCUGGCUUGAGCAGGGGGACCUUGCGUGCGCUGCAGGAUUUUAAUCCAAGACGGCAUGGUGUGUUACUAAUGGUUUUCUUUGAGACUGUGGUCCCAGCUCUCUUCAGGUCAUUGACCAGGUCCUGCCGUGUAGUUCUGGGCUGAUCCCACACCUUCCUCAUGAUCAUUGAUGCCCCACGAGGUGAGAUCUUGCAUGGAGCCCCAGACCGAGGGUGAUUGACCGUCAUCUUGAACUUCUUCCAUUUUCUAAUAAUUGCGCCAACAGUUGUUGCCUUCUCACCAAGCUGCUUGCCUAUUGUCCUGUAGCCCAUCCUAGCCUUGUGCAGGUUUACAAUUUUAUCCCUGAUGUCCUUACACAGCUCUCUGGUGUUGGCCAUUGUGGAGAGGUUGGAGUCUGUUUGAUUGAGUGUGUGGACAGGUGUCUUUUGUACAGGUAACGAGUUCAAACAGGUGCCGUUAAUACAGGUAAUGAGUGGAGAACAGGAGGGCUUCUUAAAGAAAAACUAACAGGUCUGUGAGAGCCGGAAUUCUUACUGGUUGGUAGGUGAUCAAAUACUUAUGUCAUGCAAUAAAAUGCAAAUUAAUUACUUAAAAAUCAUACAAUGUGAUUUUCUGGAUUUUUGUUUUAGAUUCCGUCUCUCACAGUUGAAGUGUACCUAUGAUAAAAACUACAGACCUCUACAUGCUUUGUAAGUAGGAAAACCUGCAAAAUCGGCAGUGUAUCAAAUACUUGUUCUCCCCACUGUAUCUGUGUUAACAGACUGGUUAAACUUCUUAAAAUCUUAUUUUUCAUAUGUUUCUCCUCUACUGUUGGUCAAUAAGGUUUGGUAUGGAUUUGAUUUGUUGUACUACAGACAAGUACAGAACAGUGGAGGCUGCUGAGGGGAGGACGGCUCAUAAUAAUGGUUGGAACGGAGCGAAUGGAAUGGCAUAAAACACAUGGAAAACCACGUGUUUGAUGUAUUUGAUACCAUUCCACUGAUUCCGCUCCAGCCGUUACCAUGAACCCGUCCUCCCCAAUUAAGGUGCCACCAACCUCCUGUGGUACAGAACGAACACUAUAUUGUUCAGCUUUAAAUUUCUAAAUCAAAUUAAUCUCCUCCAGGAAGAUCUGGUAAUUUUGUGGCCAACAGAAUUAAUCUCAUCACUAAUACCUCUGAACUGAUAGCUAACAAAGGAGGUGCUACCGUUGUCCAGAUUGUUAUCAAAUUCCCACCAGGUGAGCCAAUGUUGGUAUAAUUACAAACAUAGUGUAUAAACUCAAGCUUCAAUUCCCUUAUACAGCUUUCACCAAGAGUGCUUAACUGCUCUUUGUGUAUAUGAAGUCCUGAUAUGAACAACAAUCUCUCUCUUUCUCUCCCACCUUUCUCUCUUUCUCACUUUCUCCCUCUCUCUCCCCUCUAUCUCCUUCACUCCACUCAGUUUUACGUAGUAAAAACAAAAACAACUCCAUUGGUUUUGUGCUCUACCAAAAUGACCAGUUCUUCAGGUCCAGGACUUUCAGAGCUUCUUCAGGAACCAGCAGAAGGGUCAUCUCUGCUAACCUUGGACAAGUGUCUGGGCUGCAUGUUGAGAUGCUCUUCAAGCACACAGUAAGAUUUCUAUUGGAAUCGGUAAACGCAUAGUGGUCCAAAUUCUCUGGGAAAUUUAAUGGGAAGUUUUCCAUUAUGUACAGUACAUUCGGAAAGUAUUCAGACCCAUUCACUUUUUCAACAUUUUGUUACGUUACAGCCUUAUUCUAAAAUUGAUUAAAUUAUUUUUUUCCUCAUCAAUCUACACACAAUACCCCAUAAUGACAAAGCAAAAACAGGUUUUUAGAAAUGUUUGUACAUUUAUUAAAAAUAAAAAACUGAAAUAUGACAUUUACAUAAGUAUUCAGACCCUGUACUCAGUACUUUGUUGAAGCACCUUUGGCAGCGAUUACAGCCUUGAGUAUUCUUGGGCAUGACGCUGCAAGCUUGGCACACCUGUAUUUGGGAAGUUUCUCCCAUUCUUCUCUACAAAUCCUCUCAAGCUCUGUCAGGUUGGAUGGGGAGCGUCGCUGCACAGCUAUUUUCAGGUCUCUCCAGAGAUGUUCGAUCGGGUUCAAGUCCGGGCUCUGGCUGGGCCACUCAAGGACAUCCAGAGAUUUUUCCGGUAGCCACUCCUGCAUUGUCUUGGCUGUGUGCUUAGGGUCGUUGUCCUGUUGGAAGGUGAACCUUCGCCCCAGUCUGAGGUCCUGAGCGCUCUGGAGCAGGUUUUCAUCAAGGAUCUCUCUGUACUUUGCUCCGUUCAACUUUCCCUCAAUCCUGACUAGUCACACUGCCGCUGAAAAACAUCCCCACAGUAUGAUGCUGCCACCACCAUGCUUCACAGUAGGGAUGGUGCCAGGUUUCCUCCAGACGUGACGCCUGGCAUUCAGGCCAAAGGGUUCAAUCUUGGUUUCAUCAGACCAGAGAAUCUUGUUUCUCAUGGUCUUAGAGUCCUUUAGGUGCCUUUUAGCAAACUCCAAGUGGGCUGUCAUGUGCCUUUUACUGAGGAGUGGCUUCCGUCUGGCCACUCUACCAUAAAGGUCAGAUUGGUGGAGUGCUGCAGAGAUGGUUGUCCUUCUGGAAGGUUCUCCCAUCUCCACAGAGGAACUCUGGCGCUCCCUGACCAAGGCCCUUCUCCCCCGAUUGCUCAGUUUGGCUGGGCGGCCAGCUCUAGGAAGAGUCUCUAUGGUUCCAAACUUCUUCCAUUUAAGAAUGAUGGAGGCCACUGUGUUCUUGGGGACAUUCAAUUCUGCAGACAUUUUUUGAUACCCUUCCAAAGAUAUGUGCCUUGACACAAUCCUGUAUCGGAGCUCUACGGACAAUUCCUUCGACCUCAUGGCUUGGUUUUUGCUCUGACAUUCACUGUCAACUGUGGGACCUCAUAUAGACAGGUGUGUGCCUUUCCAAAUAAUGUCCAAUCAAAAGAAUGUACCACAAGUGGAUCCCAAUCAAGUUGUUGAAACAUCUCAAGGAUGAUCAAUGGAAACAGGAUGCACCUGAGCUCAAUUUCACGUAUCAUAGAAAAGGGUCUAAAUACUUAUGUAAAUAAGAUAUUUCUGUUUUUUCUAAAAACCUGUUUUCGCUUUGUCAUUAUGGGGUAUUGUGUUUAGAUUGCUGAGGAUCUAUUUGUUAUUUAAUCAAUUUUAGAAGAAGGCUGUAACGCCAAAAAAAUUGGAAAAAGUUAACGGGUCUGAAUACUUUUCGAAUGCACUGUAGGUCACGUGUCAAACUCAUUGCACGGAGUACGUGAUUGAUAAUUAAGGUCACUGAUUAGUAAGAAACUCCCCUCAUCUGAUUGUCUAGGUCUUAAUUGAAAAGAAAAAACAAAAACCAGCAGACACUAGGCCCUCCAUUGAAUGAGUUUGACACCCCUGAUCUAAGUUAUCCAUUGACGCUUAUCCGCCACAAUGAACAAGGAAGCAUAUUUUGGCCAGUGAACAAGGAAGCAUAUGUUGUCUUGUAUAUAAUAUGAUCUAUCAUAAUUGAAACUUCUUCUUUCCCACAUUUAAGUAAUGACCUAUUAUAUUUCACAAUUGACUUAAUUUUAUUUUUUUAAUGAGGAAUUUUGUGAAUGCAUGUCUUUUGCUGAAGUAUUAUAUUGAGUUUGUUUCUGUUCUCACUUCUCAGGCUGUCCCCAACGCCUCCCUCUAUGACUUUGCCUGCGUGUGGUGGAACUACACGUUGAAAGACUGGAGCACCUAUGGCUGCUCCAAAGUCAACAACUCAGAAGACGGCCUGCGAUGUUUCUGUGAUCACACCACUAACUUCGCUGUGCUUAUGGUGAGUAGCUAGCUGCCUUCAUCUCCCUUUAACUGACCACACUCUGACCUAUGGAAGGGGUUCCCAAACGUUAUUGGCCCACAACCCUGUUUUGAUAUCUGAAAAUUCUCAUGACCCAAACCAUGUGAAUUUUCUUUUGUAAUUAAGAGCCAAUGUUUACUUUUUUAUAUGGGGUUAUGACAAUCAAUUGCAAAACAUUCAGUAUUUCUGAUUGUAUUCUCAACUCACCAUCACAUACUUUUAAUGUGGGGCUAUGACAGUCAAUAGCAAAUUGGUCUGACAUAAUGUCUCUUAUCUCAUCACCACUAAUGAGAUGAUGAGAUCAGAGACAUGAUGCAUGUCGCAUUGGAGCUUCUCAAAGUCAGGGGGUGUGGUUGACAGUGCCCACCUCAUCUCUGCUGUCACUUCCAACCUGGAUCGAUAUUUGGUUUUAAUGCAGACGAGUGCACUAAAUCCAGCCUCACACAGAUAUUAGCGGGCAAAGGGUACCAUGAGUUUUAAUGCUCAGAAGGAGACGGCAGGGUAUUCCCUUUGAGUGAGGAACCAAAAUGGGUUAUCUGCAGCAUUCUGUCAUAUGACGGCUCGAUUAGUUUUCAUUUUCACUUACCGCUAUGUCAACUGAGGCAGGAUCACAGUCAAACAGAUUUCUCUCCAAUAAGAAAUCUUUCCACUGAAUCCACUGAUUCGGUCACUCAUCUGUAGAAUGUUUUUUGUAUUUCCCCUGCAUGCUUGCGUUCAGUUUGUUCAGUUUCCCAAAUGUGUCAGUUACAUAUGCAAGGGGACACAUUUUAUUUUCAUUACACAGAAAGUCAACAAAGUCUGUCUGUUUAUUUGCCCACCAUUCAAUCCCAUGGAAUCUGUUUUUCUUCAGUAUAGCCAUGCAGCGCAUCCUCUGUACAGUUUCAUGCUCUAUAUGUCCUCGUGAAUAGCAUCCCCCGACAUGUAGCGAACAAAAGUAAAUGAAUGGGCAUCUCGGCCCUCAGAACUAACUUCAAUUUGGAAAGCUGGAGAGUUUUUUAGUGGUUCAGUAGGUUUCAUAUUGAUUGCUAGCUAUAGCAUUAAUUCUUACUUUUACAGUGUUAUCUGACAAAGGUAUUGAUGUGAGUUUCUGUGCCUCGGCCUCCCCACACCUUGUUUUCACCAUAUCGAUUGUGGCGGUAAUAUCUCUGAAAUAGUGUGUGGUUUCAUUCUGUAGUGGGCCUAGCCAUUCACCUGGGAAUAGGGUGACCACAUGUCCCAGAUUGUGCGGGACAGUCCCGCAUUUUGGCCCUUUAUCAAGCAACUAAACAAUCAUGUCCCGCAUUUUAUCAACAAAUUCAAACACCACCAAUUUUAGAAAAAACGUUGAUUUGUCCAGUAUUUCAGUCAGACAUUCCAACCUGUCUCUUGCAGUCACAUUGCGCUCAUGACAGUUAAUUUCCACCUUGAUACUCACAGAUUGUAUAAAACAUCUAAUUGAUUGGCUGCAAGUUCAACAAUAUCUCAUAGUUAGGCCUCCUAACUGCUUACAAAGAGCUUCUGCUGAAGAGCUAGAAAAGUAGGUAAAUAGCCACAUUAGACUGAAAGAUAUAAUCAAAGCAGCAGGAAGUUGAGUGCUGAGGGUGUUGCAGCAGCCCCUGAGAAAUCACAAUGACAAAAUAAUAAUAAUACAUAUUUUCAGUAAAGUAGUGCAUUGGGCCUUUACUAGUCCUGUAUUAGCAGACCGAUAUAACCGUUUUAUAGUGCGGGCAAAAAAAUUAAACAUGAAGAAUCAGCAUUCACAAUUGACAGUAAUGAUUGUCACGCCCUGGCUCUGGGGACAAUGUUAUGUUGAGCCAGGGUGUGUAAUUCUAUGUUUGAUUUUCUAUGUUGGGCUGAGUGACUCCCAAUCAGAGGCAACGAGUGUCUGCUGGGUGUCUCUGAUUGGGAGCCAUAUUUAACUGUCUGUCUUUCACUUUGUGUUGGUGGUUUCUUGUUCGUAUUUGGUUGUGUAAACCGUAGACAUCACGUUAUCGUCUGUUGUUUUGUUCAUUCAUUAAAUAAUAUGUUCACCUUCAACGCUGCGCAUUGGUCUCUCCCUGACGAUCGUGACAGAAGAAACCACCAAAACCAGACCAAGCAGCGUGUCCAGGAGCCAUCGCUAACAGAUCUCCGUGGCAACCUCGACUGGGUCAAGCCUAGUGAGGAGCAGAGAGGGUGGACUUGGGCACAGUGGAGGAAGAGCUUAGACUGGGUCAAGCCGAAUGAGGAGCUGAAGGGCGGCGAUUGGAAGCAGAAGAGCGAGAGCUGGGCGAGAACGAUGGAGGCCUGGCCCACGGGGAGGAGAGAACCCCAGAAAAUUUUUAGGGGGGGGCUCACGACGUCGGACCAGCAGGAGGCCGCGAUAGAGCGGUCCAGUGGGUUGCCAGAGGAGGCCGCCAGGUUACGGGGGCCACUGGUCGAAGAGGGGAUGGAGGAAGUAGAGGCACGGCGAGAGGUACUGGCGUGUGUUGCCAGUCCGGUCCGGCCCGUUCCAGAUCCCGGUGUAGGGCCAGUGGUGUGUGUCCCCAGUACAGUCCGGCCCAUCCAAGCUCCCCGCACCAAGCCAGUGGUGUGCGUCGUCAGUCCGGCACGGCCCGUGCCUGCUCUCCGCACCAAGUCUAUGGUGCGUUUCGUCAGCCCUGUCCGGCCCGUUCCUGCUCUCCGCACCAAGUCUGUGGUGCGCGUCGCCAGCCCAGUCCGGCCCAUCCAAGCUCCCCGCACCAAGCCAGUGGUGUGCGUCGUCAGUCCGGCACGGCCCGUGCCUGCUCUCCGCACCAAGUCUAUGGUGCGUUUCGUCAGCCCUGUCCGGCCCGUUCCUGCUCUCCGCACCAAGUCUGUGGUGCGCGUCGCCAGCCCAGGUAGGCCCAUCCAAGCUCCCCGCACCAAGUCAGGGGUGCGCUUCGUCAGCCCGGUCCGGCCCGUUCCUGCUCCCCGCACCAAGUCAGUGGUGUGCUUCGUCAGCCCAGUCCGGCCUGUUUCUGCUCCACGCACCAAGCCUACGGUGUGCGUCGUCAGCCUGGUAAGGACCGUUCCUCCUCCACGCACCAGGGCAGGGGUGCGCGUCGUCAGUCCAGCACAACCCGUGCCUGGGUCAUGUCCGGAGCCGGAUCCGCCGCCUAGGCGGAGUGCCCACCCGGUCCCUCCCCUGUGGGAUUUAGUUGGCGCGGUCGGAGUCCGCACCUUUAGGGGGGGGUACUGUCACGCCCUGGCUCUGGGGACAAUGUUAUGUUGAGCCAGGGUGUGUAAUUCUAUGUUUGAUUUUCUAUGUUGGGCUGAGUGACUCCCAAUCAGAGGCAACGAGUGUCUGCUGGGUGUCUCUGAUUGGGAGCCAUAUUUAACUGUCUGUCUUUCACUUUGUGUUGGUGGUUUCUUGUUCGUAUUUGGUUGUGUAAACCGUAGACAUCACGUUAUCGUCUGUUGUUUUGUUCAUUCAUUAAAUAAUAUGUUCACCUUCAACGCUGCGCAUUGGUCUCUCCCUGACGAUCGUGACAAUGAUGCAUUGGCCUAUUUUGAAAUUAUGUAUCGGGUAGGCUACACUGUCCCGCAAAAUCAUCCUGUUGUCCCGCAUUUGUGUAUUUUAAAUGUGGUCAUCUUAAGUGGGAAUGAUUCAAGUGCAACGGUCAAGUGAGGCCUUUUCCCACGAUCUAAGGGAGCUCUCUGGUUGAAUUUUCAAUUUCAAUUUUUAAGGUUAACCACAUUACAAUGAUUUUGAGAUCCAAAGACAAUGUGGUUUACCACAGCUUAUCCAGACACAUGAGGGAGAUAUAUUUAUACAGUAUGACUGUGACAAACUUAGUGUUGAAAUGUAUUUUUUUAUUUUCUUUCUACAGUCGUUCAGGAGGGAUUUUAAAUACGCUGAUGCUCUAAACUGGAUCACCACAUUGGGAUGCUCCAUGUCCAGCAUAGGGUUGAGUUUAACAAUAACAUUCCAGAUCGUGACCCGGUAAGAUCUUACAGGGUUCCAGAACCAAUUCAAAAUAUUGGGUGCAUCUCAAUAGUGUGAAGAAGCCCUUUGUCUGAUCCAACAUGACUUGAUAGGUGAAAUCAAUAUGAAACCCACUAUUAAUGAACCAACACAUCCAUAACUACGCAUCUAGCUUCCCUAACAUCUAUCACCUAUCCCCAGGAAAAAACGCAAAACCAACCCAACGGUCCUCUUAGUGAGCGUCUGCGUGUGUCUCCUGAUUUUCACCCUCCUCUUCAUGUUGGGAGUGGACAACCCUCAUAAACAGCUGGAGAAACCUGAAAUACAGGAGGCCAACAUUCUCCCCUCGUCCGACACACACACAGAGCGGGACAGAGGCCUCUGUACUGCAGUCGCAGUCCUGCUGCAGUACUUCCUGUUGGGGACGUUCACCUGGAACACGCUGUACGCCACACAUGUCUUCCUGAUGAUCAGAAACAGCCUGGCCACCAGCCCGUCACACUUCACAGCCUAUACCGUGGCCAUCGGAUGGGGUAGGACAGCUUGGAGAAAAAUAUAAUAUUUUGUUGUUUCAGAAGCUUUGGCUGGCAUUAGCCCUGGGCUCCUUGCACCAAAACGAAUGCCGGGUUAUAUUUUCAGGCUCUAAUAAGCCUGAAAUAGAACUUAAAAGCAACUUGUAUAGUGAAAUUCUGUCUUUAGAGGAUGUAUGUGUAGUAUAUCAUCUGUAAAUGUCUGCAUGAAAAUCUACCAGGAAAUAACAACAACAUUCUCUGUCCUUUAGGACUGCCUGCGGUUGUGGUGGCCCUCACCUUAGGAAUUAGUUACAGAGUGGAUAAUCCACUGGGUUACAGGCAGGAGGAAUUGUGAGUCAAUACCGUAUUUUACUGUACUAUACAUUACUAUACUGUACUGUACUUGAAAGAGAGCGACCCGGCUCUACGUAUUUACUGGUUUGUGAACCACUGCAUGGGCAGAGUGUGGGGUGCAUGGGGACAAUCUGAUUGGCUGAAGCCCCGAGCUGGAGGUGAUCGAUAUCUCUCACGUGAACUGUACUGUAUUGUACUAUACUGUACUGUACUACCAAUAUCAAUGUGGGGCAAUUGCUGUAUAAAAUGUUAUAACUCAUACGGUAAAAGGUUUUCCCUAUCAAUUUUCGUAUUUUAUGCUUUUAACGAUGGCAACGAGCAAUUUAAAAAGUUGUAAAAACGAAACGAAUGAUCCAUUGUAUUGAACGGUUUCUUGUUUACUUAUGCAAUCCACCAUGUUUACUUUAUACCACGUUAUUCAAAUCACUGGUGUCCUGUUUUGUCUGUCAAAUAGUCCCACUCUCUAACUCAUUCAUUUGUCCCCUCAGUUGCUGGCUUGCUGCCCUCGAUCCAAACGGGAACUUUGACUUCAAGCUGCCAAUGUUUUGGGGGUUCCUGAUCCCUGUUGCGUUCAUUCUUAUCUUCAACAUGGUGGUGUUGGUAUAUUUUGCAGUUACAACAUCCAAGACCAACCCACAUAUAACCAGGUAACAUUAAUGGGGGCAUUUUGGGGGCACAAAGUGGAAAGUUGUAGUCAUAAAGAUCAGUCUUGAUUUAAAUGCCUACUAACGAGCUUGUUAAUUUUGUAUUGUCUUUCGAUUAAAACUUUUUAUAAAUAAAAUGCAUGCUUUUUUUAUUAUUAAUUCAGUCAUUAGUAACCAAUUCAUACUAUUUAACGAGCACCAUGCUCUAACCCACUCAGUCAUUGGAAGUAUACUGUUAUAUUACCACAGCAUUACAGCAGUCUAUGACAGCAAUCUAAGCAUGUUGGUUAUAUUUCCCAGUACAAGACACACAUCGAUGAAGAAGAAGUUCCUCAGUAGCUUUUCUCUGGCUGUGGUGCUCAGUCUCUCCUGGAUCCUGGGCUAUCUGUUGCUCAUUACACAGAACCAGACCAUGUACACCAUACUCAACAUCUCCUUCUGUGUACUCACCACCACUCAGGUAGUAAAUGUAUGCACUCACUACUGUAAGUCGCUCUGGAUAAGAGCGUCUGCUAAAUGACUCAAAUGUUAAAUAUAAAGACUAGUGUGCUAUUGUACCACAGAAUCCAGACAUGAUUGAAAACUAGACAGCUACUAAACAUUAAUAAAUUCUGCUGCUCUUUAUGGAAACGCUACCUUUUGUUUGUACUUGUGUGUUCCUGAAAAUACUUGAUAACAUCUUUGUGUUUUUGUUUUCGCUCCACAGGGCUUGCAGAUUUUCAUUCUGUUCACAGCAAGAACAGAAAUUGUCAAGGAAAAGAUGUCAAGUUUUUUUUAAUGUGUCUCUAGCGCUGGGAUCCCUCUUCACACCAAGAAGUUCAGUCUAUGGCGAGGCGAGCAAAGUGAAAAAGUAGAAUCAUACACACAGCUGGACACUGAUCUUGUUCCUCACAGACAUCUAACUGAUGGGCUGCAAGUUCAACCUCUGUUGUAAAAUAUCUCAUAAUAUUGUACUGUAAUAUACAAUAUAAUACACACACUAUUUAGUAUCAACGUACAAUAUAUGUACAGUGAAUUCCCUCAGAAGUUGUGUUGUCCAAUGAUUUUUUAAAUUAAUGUUUGCAAUAAAUCUGUGAUUAUUGUCUUUUAAGCUAAUGUUUAUUUAUUUA